AGAGAGAGAGAGAGAGAGAGAGAGAGAGAGAGAGAGAAGAGGAGUAGAGGCCGGCCAUGAACACGUGGGGGGGGGAGGGGGAUGGGGAGGAGAGGGUAAGGAGCAGGAGCAAGAGAGCAAGAGAGAGGAGGGGGCAAGCAGCUCCUCUUACAGUGAGUCUGGCACACCUGGCUAUUGCCAGGUAACUGUGGGGCGGAGCCUAGACUAAAUGCCAACAGUGACUUUAGCCGGUGCUCUCUCUGAAUGCUGAACAUUCUUAACUUCUUUGUGGCAGCGUGACACUAUUUUAUGUUUGGCUUUGUUAGAGCUUGUUUUACAGACUAAGUCUCCUACAACCCAGGCUAGCCUUGAACUCACUGUGUAUCCAAGGCUAGCCUUGAACUUCUGAUCUUCCUGCUUCUACCUCUCAAGAGCUGGGAUCACAAGUGUGUUGGUCUGAAACUCAUGAGCUUCUAUACCUCAUGAGUAGCUGGAUCUAUGAGCCUGCACCACCGCUGACUGUCUUGUUCAUUUCUGAGUUCCUGGCACUUUAUCUCUGACUAUGACUAUGCAGGCUCAGGAUGUCAGGUCUGGUGGCAAGGGAGAAGCAGGUAUUCAGGUAGAAGGAACGGCCUGAGUGGAAGACUGGAAAUGGGACAGUGCAUUUGAGGAGUGUGGGGGAGUAGCCUAGACUCUGGUAUACAGGAGGCACAAAGAAAUGGCAUGGAUUUAUUCUGAGGACUUGACUUACCUGCCUGUGGAGGGGGAGAAUUCCCGCCAUCUGCCACCUUUCAUCUGAAGACUCAGGAAACCAGGUGGCAGAGGGUCCUGCUCAGACAUGAAAAUCAGAAGCAAGAUGGUGUCCGGCCAGGGUGAGGGGAGAAAAGGAUGACAUCACAGCCGAAGCAGCCAGACAUCAGAGACACCCACUGACCGCUAUGUGGCUCCUGCACCUGAAACUGCCUUGAAACCCCUGGGUAGUUUUUUGCCCUAUGUUUUGUGAGCAUAGGAUCUUGAAGAGAGAUAGAUAGGCUUUGAGCCAGUCAGUGCCAGGUUAAAGUCCUGGCUGAAAUCAUUGAGAAAUUGCACGGUUUUGGCAAAGCCAGUACUCUUUCUGAAUCCUGUGUUUUUUUUCAUCUGGAAAAUGGGAAGGAUCUUGCCUACCCCAGAGUCAGGAUGAAGACGAACCCAGAAGUCACCUACUGUUAGUCUCUGCGAGUAGCAUUUGUCUUACUUAUCUUGGAUUCAGAACAUGGCCGAUGUGCCUGGAGGAGGGAGGCUGUGCUUGGAGUGGCGAUCACCAAGCGUCUUGGUGUAGUGGAAUGGAACCUGCCUGAGGUAUCUUCACAGGCCUUUCCUGGGAGUCUUACCUGUCUCUCAACCCCACCCCCUCUUGGCUCUCUGCCUUGCUUUUCUCCCAGCUGGGACAUAUUUAACAAGCUGGCAGGCCCCAUCCUUCACUGAAUAAGAACAUUGUCCCACAGCCCUGGGGACCUGAGGUGUUGUAAGCUGCCCUUGGGCACCCUGUGCCUCACCCUCAAUGCCUCCAGCUGUGUUUGUGGUCCCUGGGCAUCCAGCAGCAUCUGGAAAACCAUUGUAGUGAGCUAAACCGAUGUCCCAUUUUUCCUGGAGCUGGGGUGAAUUUUCCCUUUGCAACCAAGAAAGUGCAAAGUAUGGGUCUUUCUGGAAGCUGGCCUUGUGAUGCUGCUGCACAAAUGCUGCUGAGAGGAAGGAGGCCUAUCUGUGUUCUGCAUGGGGUCCAGAGUCCUACUCCUUACCUGUGAGGGGGUCCCUGAAGGGUGCACAGGCCACAGUAUAGGGUGAUGAAAAGAGGGAGUUUCCAUUCUGUGGGUAUAUGGGUCUAAGGGAAGGGAAGAAACAGUAUCCCUUCCCAGAAUCCUUCUGGGGUCAAAGGAGCUUGUGUGCACAUGAGGUUUCCACACGUGUGUUUUCCGCACAAAGCAAUUUCCUAGCAGAUGAACCUGGCCUGGGCAUCUGAUAACCCAGUUUACAUUCUGCUUAGAGCACUGUAUUCCACAGGUUAAUAGUUCAGUCCCAUGGGACUGCCCCCAAUCUAAGACCAUAAGCACAAGUAGUUACUACAUCUCCACCUGUGCUUCCCCCUCACCACUCUACACUGAGGUAUCCACAAGGCUCUCCUCUUCCUCUUGCUUGCUACUUGCUCUGGUGUCUCUUAGAACUCACCUUCACUUUUUUCUUUUAAAAAGUUAAAUUUCAUUUCUCUUGUUCUGACUUUUUUAAAAAAAUAAUUUUAACUAUAUAUAGGGGGAGAGAGACUCUAUGAAGGUCAAGAGGGUAUUGGAACCUCUGGAUCUGGAGUUACAAGCUUUUGUGAUAUUAAUGGCAGAGCCAUCUCUCCAGGUCCAACUGUUUGACUUUUUAAUUUUUUUAAAUUUGCGCUCUGCUGAGGGACUCAGGCCUUGGUGUAUGCAAGACAAGUGUCCCUGUCCUGGCCACACUCCUAGCCUGUUGUUUGUUAUAAAAGAGAUCACAAGGGAUACAGACAAGCGAAAAUAAGGGGGGGCUGUGAGCUUCAUUCCCUCUCACAUGAUCCCUGCAUAUCCAGCACCCUGCAACCAGCUUGUUCAAAUCUUGCUCAAGACUGUAAUAGACCUUAAUCUGCAGUGAACACAUCCCUUCCGGGGAGAUGGGUGAGCAGGGUUGAAAGUCACAGUUCUUCCCAUCACUAAGGAAAUCAAAGCAGUUGCAAACUCCAUUUCACAUCCUAUCAGUGGUGGAGUACCUUAAGAUUCACAUACGGUUGAUCGGGAGCUGGGAGAGGAACAGGAACUGGCCUCACAGCUUAAUGAGACCUCUAGAAAGACGUUUAAAGGCAGAGGGGGUGUGUGAAAACAAGCAAGGGCCCUGAUACUCCUUGGUAAGGCUAAACACAAAUGCCUGCGGGAUGGCAUGGGAGAGGGCAGAUAUGGAUGUAAGCUGGCAAGCCAUCAGAAGCUGAGCCGCACCCCCCUCCCCCCAUGGUUUGGGAGAUGGAAGUGGGGCAGGAGAAAGGCCCAUCUGAUAGGCUGCUAUGGCGGAUAGACCGGCACGGUGCUGGCAUGUGCUUUCACACAAUAUUUACUGAAGGCCUGUUGCUUGCCAGGAGUUGUUCCCGGCGCCGGGAACAGCAAUGAAGAAAGUGACCAGGGUUUUUUCUGAGUCUCACAAGUUUUCCGGUGAAGGAGGCGGAGGAUCGAUGCAUUUCGGGCUCCUGCUUCUGAGGCUGAGGAGCAUGUCGGGUUGGCCUUUCUUUGGGGUGUCGCAGCACACGUGGAGCCACUCUUGCAGGGACAUCGUGCUGCGCGCGCCGCCCCGGUCUCGGUGGCGCCUAGCCCGGCUGGACGCCCGCCCCCGGCCCAGCCUACACGUGGGUUCCCGCACGUCCGCUGGGCUCCCACUCUGACGUCAGCGCGGAGCUUCCAUUUAAGGCCCCGCCCGCGUGCUGCUCUGCGUGCUGGAGCCACUGUCGCCGAGCUCGGGCCACGCUGCUUCUCCUCGCCAGUCGCCCCCCCAUCGUGCACUAGCGGUCUCAAAAGAUUCAAAGUCCAAGAUGGCAACCCUCAAGGACCAGCUGAUUGUGAAUCUUCUUAAGGAAGAGCAGGCUCCCCAGAACAAGAUUACAGUUGUUGGGGUUGGUGCUGUUGGCAUGGCUUGUGCCAUCAGUAUCUUAAUGAAGGACUUGGCGGAUGAGCUUGCCCUUGUUGACGUCAUGGAAGACAAACUCAAGGGCGAGAUGAUGGAUCUCCAGCAUGGCAGCCUCUUCCUUAAAACACCAAAAAUUGUCUCCAGCAAAGACUACUGUGUAACUGCGAACUCCAAGCUGGUCAUUAUCACCGCGGGGGCCCGUCAGCAAGAGGGGGAGAGCCGGCUCAACCUGGUCCAGCGAAACGUGAACAUCUUCAAGUUCAUCAUUCCCAACAUUGUCAAGUACAGUCCACACUGCAAGCUGCUGAUCGUCUCCAAUCCAGUGGAUAUCUUGACCUACGUGGCUUGGAAAAUCAGUGGCUUUCCCAAAAACCGAGUAAUUGGAAGUGGUUGCAAUCUGGAUUCAGCGCGGUUCCGUUACCUGAUGGGAGAGAGGCUGGGGGUUCACGCGCUGAGCUGUCACGGCUGGGUCCUGGGAGAACAUGGCGACUCCAGUGUGCCUGUGUGGAGUGGUGUGAAUGUUGCCGGCGUCUCCCUGAAGUCUCUUAACCCAGAACUGGGCACUGACGCAGACAAGGAGCAGUGGAAGGAGGUUCACAAGCAGGUGGUGGACAGUGCCUACGAGGUGAUCAAGCUGAAAGGUUACACAUCCUGGGCCAUUGGCCUCUCUGUGGCAGACUUGGCUGAGAGCAUAAUGAAGAACCUUAGGCGGGUGCAUCCCAUUUCCACCAUGAUUAAGGGUCUCUAUGGAAUCAAUGAGGAUGUCUUCCUCAGUGUCCCAUGUAUCCUGGGACAAAAUGGAAUCUCGGAUGUUGUGAAGGUGACACUGACUCCUGAGGAAGAGGCCCGCCUGAAGAAGAGCGCAGACACCCUCUGGGGAAUCCAGAAGGAGCUGCAGUUCUAAAGUCUUCCCCGUGUCCUAGCACUUCACUGUCCAGGCUGCAGCAGGGCUUCUAGGCAGACCACACCCUUCUCGUCUGAGCUGUGGUUAGUACAGUGGUGUUGAGAUGGUGUGGGGAAACAUCUCACUCCCCACAGCUCUGCCCUGCUGCCAAGUGGUACUUGUGUAGUGGUGACCUGGUUAGUGUGACAGUCCCACUGUCUCUGAGACACACUGCCAACUGCAGGCUUCGAUUACCCCUGUGAGCCUGCUGCAUUGCUGCCCUGCACCAAACAUGCCUAGGCCGACGAGUUCCCAGUUAAGUCGUAUAACCUGGCUCCAGUGUGUACGUCCAUGAUGCAUAUCUUGUGCAUAAAUGUUGUACAGGAUAUUUUAUAUAUUAUAUGUGUCUGUAGUGUGCAUUGCAAUAUUAUGUGAGAUGUAAGAUCUGCAUAUGGAUGAUGGAACCAACCACCCAAGUGUCAUGCCAAAUAAAACCUUGAACAGUGA